AUCAUCAAAAAUGCCCUACUCAACUCAUCUUUAUAUCUUCUGUCUCAUGUCUGGGUUAACUUUAGGUGCCGCAAACUCUCGCCAUUUCGGGCUACUCUGCUUCAUCUUCUCUAUAUUGCUUAAAGGAACAGCCAAAUCUUGGAGAUGGGUCGUGUUCGCACCAAGACUGUGAAGAAGUCCUCUCGCCAGGUGAUUGAGAGGUAUUACUCUCGGAUGACCUUGGACUUCCACACCAACAAGAAGAUCUUGGAGGAGGUUGCCAUCAUCCCUUCAAAAAGGCUUCGUAACAAAAUUGCUGGGUUCUCCACCCAUCUGAUGAAGAGGAUUCAAAAAGGUCCAGUUCGGGGCAUCUCAUUGAAACUCCAAGAAGAGGAGCGUGAGCGCAGAAUGGACUUUGUCCCUGAUGAGUCAGCCAUUAAGACCGAUGAAAUCAAGGUUGACAAGGAAACCCUAGAGAUGCUUUCUACUCUUGGCUUGUCAGACAUGGCUGGACUUGUUGAAGUUGAGCCACAAUCUAUGAUUCCUCCUCCAGUCUUUGGUCGGCCUGCUGGAGGACCUGGUAGGAGAUUCUAAGAUAAUUGAAAGUUUUGUGGAUCAUUCAAGAACGAGAAGCUAGAUGUUUGUUUAAUUAGCACUUAUGUCUGUUUAGUUAGCAUAUAUGUUUGUUAUGGAUGACUUCAUGACUAGUUUUGCUCAUGUUCUGAAGUUGGAAAUUAAUUUAGCUUGAAUUUGGCAAUGACA